AUGGCGGACAGGAAUUGCAGAAAUGAACACUCGUUUAAGAUUUCUUACCUCAUGAACUCACUUGGGUUCACCCCGCAAUCUGCUUUAUCAGUUUCUAAGAAAAUCCAUUUUGAGACCUUUCAACAGCCAGACACUGAUUUCACUCACUGCGUAGAUAAUCCGGUUUUUCUAGAGUACAAGAAUUUUUCAGAAAUCCUUUCUCGUAAUUUCCUGUCUAUUGCUGCUCCUAAUCUGGCAGUUCUGAAAGAAUAUAGGGCGAAUUUCCUUGUUGCUCUCCAAGCUUUGUUACAAAUUAGCAAAUCAGCAUGGGAAAGGAAAUUCAAUGUUUUUAAACAAUGGGGUUGGUCUGAUGAAGAUAUUGUUUCUGCUUUUGAGAAGUAUCCAAGAUUCAUGAUGUUUUCUGAGCACAAAGUCACAGCACUAAUGAAUUUUUUUAUCAACACAAUGGGCUUGAAAUCUUCAUAUAUUGCGAACCGUCUGGUUUUUCUUUCAUAUCGCUUGGAGAGGAGAAUUAUCCCUAGAUGUUCGGUUCUUCGAGCUUUGUUAUCCAAAGGUUUGAUUGAGAAAUUCAGUGUUAAUCUUAUGUUGAUGUAUACUGAAAAUGAGUUCCUCCAAAGGUUUGUGAACCCUUAUGGUGAUCCUUUUUUAUUGAAAUUUAUAUGA